AAGGUUGAAGAAAAACAAAGUGCUGUUUCACCAUGUUAUUUCUUGUCAGUGCACUGAAAAAUCUACACAUGUGUACAUAUGAUACCUCUAAGAAGCAACAGAAAGGUUCCAAACAUGAAAUUCUAUUGGCUUGUGAUCUCGGCUGGAACAAUGUUUUUGAAUCCAGUCACUGCUGACUGCAACAUUACUUCCCAAACUAUUGCUUGUGAGGAGUCUGGAAAGAACCUCUUCAAUAUCUCCCUCAAUCUUUUUCAAAACAUUACUAAAUUAAGCCUCAAAAACAAUAAAAUCACUUUAGAAGAUCAUGACAAAGAGAUUCUUGGACAUUUUAUUAACCUCACUGAACUUCAUCUGAAUGAAAACAACAUUACUGUACUGAAAAAUAACAGCUUCUAUAAUCUGAAAAAUCUCGUAAUUCUGGAUAUUAGCAACAACGGCAUUAGCAUAGUUCAUAAAGCAGCAUUUGCAGGAUUAAAUCAACUCUCAGUGUUGAAUCUAUCCUAUAACAUGAUUGCUCAACUGGAUUCAGAUACAUUUACUCCUCUAGAAAGCCUGACAGUUUUAGAUCUACAGUAUAAUUUUCUGAAGUAUUUUCAUAUAAAAUCAUCUUUUAAACCAAUUAAAAUAGUUUUAGCUGGAAACCCAUGGAUCUGCUCCUGUGACCUCCUUGACUUACUGAUAUGGCCAACUGCCUCUGAUGUGACAUUGGAAAAUGAGAGCAACACUACAUGUACAUUGUCAACUACAGAAGAAGUCUCCAUCAAGAUGGCAGCUAUCCAAACAGCUGACUGCAAAAUUGAAAAGACUUCUUUUGAAAACACAUUUACUUCCACUCCUGCUGUCGAUUUUAGAAGUAGCGCCUUAAUAACAGCUCUGACUCCAAACAACAGCACUGGAAACAAUGGAAGUCGUGCAGAGUUGCCACUUGUUGGCAAAAGUUGGACCUUCCUAGCGGGUGUCCUAGGGUUUGUCCUAGGCACUACACUCCUGAUUUUUACUGCUGUAAAAUGCCCGGCAUGGUAUCACUACUUGAUCAGCUACCGUCACCGUCGACUGGAAGAAAAUGACUCAGAGAUGUUUGAACAGGAGUUCUCAGCUGACAUGAGUCCUUCUCCUACAGUAUUGGGUACAAGCAGUGAAGAACCCAUUGUAAUAUUUGAGAAAGUUCAUGCAUGUGGAGAUGAAGAUGGAUUUAUUGAGGAUAAAUACAUAGAUAUUUAUGUAAAUGAGGUGCGUUAAUGUCUUAAAUGAC